AAAUUUGUAUGUUGUGGUCUAAUUUUUUAUUCCCUCAACAACUCUUCUCCAUAAUGAACACUGUCGUACAUGGUUGAUGAAUCAAUCUGCACACCAGUCCUAUGAAGAUGUGUUUUUCAUUGUUGUUGUCUCAAAGCAAUUUUUUAUUUAUCUUUGCUAAAAGUUCAUUAGUAAAAUUAAGAUGUGGAAACUUAAUAUUGUGGAUACUUGAGUAAAAAGAGAGUGAAACUGAAGGCUUGGGCUCUACAUAGAGCUUUAGCCGAACUUCCUACACGUUAAUGGGCCAACAGGAACCAAUAUGGGCUAAGAUUUAAAAAAAAAAAUAUGGAGAGAAACUGAAGCACGGUCAAGAGGAAGGACUCCUUGCGAAGGAGGCAACAUCACAUAUCACAUUUCUCUGUCUCUCGAUUAGACCCAGCAAGAUUCUACUUGUAAGUUGUAUUUUUCUCUCGUUCCCUCUCACUCACUCCUAGUUAUAAUCUCAUGCUUCAAUUGAUGCUUAAAUAGUUAGAUUAGAGUUUAGCUUUGAUCAUUCGUUGUGGAAUUUAGAGAGGGGGAAACAAAAUUAUGUAAAACCUAAGACUUAACACUGCGAGUCAUCAUGUAUUCAUGUUUAUAGGUGUCUUUUGAAGGUCGGACUUUUAAUUAGCCCUCAACUAUCAGAAAACUAUAAAAGUUUCAGAUUUUAAAAGUGACAUCUUUUAGUCACCAACGAACACUAUCCAAGGACGAAGAAAUUGAUGAUCUUUAGCUGUUAAAACUAAUUCAGAUAGGAAAAAAUGCACUUCACGUCUUCUUUGUUCCUAGCUUCACAUUUGUAGUCCAUCUCUGAAACCGUCAGACUCCAUAUUGGUAUUAUGCUAUUUAGCUCUGGUUUGCUUGUUAGGACAGUUGAGAAUCCAAUGGCUUGGACUAGUUCCUAAUUAUAUUCUGUCCAUCCUCAUUGCACAUUUGUAUCAUUUGAUAAUCACAAUAGAAGACAUUACUAUUCUUUUUUCUUUAGAGGACUUACUCUGCUCUGUUUAUAUCAAUAGGAAAGAGACUCAAUAGUUGAGAACGCAUUACAUGACCGUACAAAUUUCACCGACAAGGCAACAAGCGCUUCCGCGUACUCCGGACAGUUACAUGACACUUGCCAAAACUUAUGUUUAUAUAUGGCCAAAGAACACAAUAAUCUUCGCUUAGCUUCAGCUCAAUAACACAAAAAUCAGAAAUUACCUCCUCUGCUCUCGAAGCUGCAAUCAAAAGACAACAUAUAACUUUAGUGGAGGCUCAGCCUGUAAUUAGCGGCUUAUCAGCUCUACCCUUCAAGGCACCACUACAACCUAACCACCACAAUGGUGACCAUGAAAUCUCACAUCAAGAACCCUACCGUUCAGACCACUGUGUUUGGACAAUCUGUUGUAAAGGCCCUACCAAAGAGCCUAGAGUGCUCGGUGGUCGAGGUCACAUCAAAUUGGUUAACAGAGCCGUCUCUUCAGGAGCUAGUGGAUGAGAACAUAAACUCAACUAGACUCGUUGACAACAACCUCUACCAUUUUGUUAUCGAAAGCUAAUCAUCUGAGGCAGCUUGUUCACAUAGUGAUUAAUGGAGUGAGCUACAGAGCUAUGCAGGCAUGGUUUCUCAGUAAUGACUGCAAAGGCUCAGCUAUAGCAAUAUAAGAGCUUCUUGGUUGAAUGAAGAAAGGAUACAAGAAAAUUCAAAAGUAAUUUUCUUUGCCAAAGCAUCUUAGAUUUCUGCAUCCCUGAGAUCUAUCCAUGGCUAGAGGAAAAUGUUUUCGUCAACGAAGAUGUUGUCAUUUCUGCGAACUCAGUACGUUUCCUCCAGAUUUAUUGGCUUUCUAAGUCUCACGGAGCCAGAGCCACUAGACAGAAGAUGGCUUGUCUUGGGCUUGUAACUAUAUGAACAUCGACAAUAGUAAUUAUCUUAAAGAGCGUGGUAGUGAUUCACUACAAUGGGAACAUGAAAGCAUGGCUAAAGCUUGCAAUCGGGAAGUAUAAACCUUACUGGGACAGGUACACUCGAGCCAUUCUUAUUUGCAAGAUUGCAUCACAGCUUAAAACACUUGAAGAGUUUGUUUUCUUCUUCAUCAAGUCAUUACGAAAAUAGAUAUCUAGAUACUUACUUAGUCAGGUUGAAUCUUAUGCAUUAUAUAUUGUAGAUCUUAGAACAGCAGCAGAUUCAGAUUUCUGCAAGUGAAGAGUGUAGUUUAUAGUUGAAUAGAUUAC